AAAAAAAAACAUUUAUACUACACCGACAGAACCAAAUUCUCUGUCACUGUUAAGUGGAGGACUUACAGGAUUAUUGAGAACAUCACAAUGCACUUAGGACAGAAGUCAUUUCUGUUUUUUACUAUUUGCAUCGCUUCAUUUCUUGGGUUUAAUUACUUCAGCUACAACUCCUCUUGGUUCAGUGGUGUGUUGGAGUGCAGACCGAUUGUGGGAAAAAAACAGCAUGUUAGUAUGGACUUAAUCUUUCCUGCAGGGACGUCAUGCAAGCAGCCCAGUGUAAGUAAUAGUCGGGCAGAUGUUGCCACGACGACCCAGUGGUUAGCUCCGAUUGUAUGGGAGGAAACGUUUGAUCUGACAGUGAUUGAUGGCAUCUACAAACAACAGAACAUCACUGUGGCAACCACCGUCUUCGCUCUGGGGAAGUACGUCAUGACACCUUUCAAGUAUUGUGGGUAUGUGCGUUUCCUGAAGGACUUCCUAGAGUCGGCGGAGCAGCACUUCAUGGUGGGCUACCGAGUGCAUUAUUACCUGUUUACAGAUCACCCGGACAAAGUUCCCGUGGUAACACUGGGGGAGGGGCGUCAGUUGACCGUGAUAAAAACAGCAAGCUCAAACCGCUGGCAGGAAAACUCGCUACGCAGGAUGGGGAUGAUUGAGAAGCUCAUUGAAGAGAAGCUCAGGAACAAGGCAGACUACAUAUUCAGCCUCGACGUCGACUCCAAAUUCUAUGCUCACUGGGGGGCGGAGUCUCUGGGCGAUCUUGUUGGCGUGCUGCAUGCCUGGCUUUUUGGAACAUCUCGGGAACAGUUCACGUACGAGAGGCGUCCUGAAUCUCAGGCCUUCAUACCUUUAGAAGAAGGAGACUACUACUACGGAGGGGCCGUGAUCGGAGGGCGCCUCGACAAAGUGCUCAAGCUGGCGAAGACGUGCCGCAUGCAGCUGGAAGCGGACCGAGCAAAUCAAAUCGAAGCGGUAUGGCAGGAAGAGUCUCACCUGAACAAGUACUUCCUGUACAACAAACCCACCAAGUUGCUCUCACCUGAAUACCUGUGGGAUGACAGAAAAGAGAAACCCACCUUCAUGAAAGUGGUGCGUUUCUCACAGGUGGUCAAAAACUAUGCUGAGAUUCGACCCAACCCUUAAUACACACUGUACCUCAGCAGGAAUUUAUAGGUUUUCACCAAAUGAGAUUUGUUUUUCUUGAUGCGAAUCACCUGAAUUAUCAUCCCAUUGAUCCCAAAUCCUAAUCCCCUCUGAUGGGUUUAACAGAAUAUAAACAAACUAAGCUCUCUCGUUUAAUUACUAUUAUCUCUCAGGUUUCAUGCAGAGAACCCCUGACUCCUCCACCACAUCCUUCAUGGCUAGUUCCUUCACAACAUUUACAGUUAAAUGGAAACCUUUCUGUUAGCCUUCCUACAACAUUUCUGGAACAUUUUUCAUUCUAAGCAUUUGAUUGUAAACAUUCUCAGAACAUCCAGAAACAUUUGUGAAUGUUUUUGGAAUCAAAAGUUCCUAAAAACAUUUAGAAAAGGUUUAGAAAAGGUAAAAUUGUAAGCUGAACUAAUAUAAGAUGAUACUUAUGCUAUUUAAGCAAUAUCGCACGAGCAAGAGUGCAGUUAUACUGAAGAUAUCCACGCUCUUGCGAUAUUGCUUUUACAACAGUUCUAUAAACAAGAAAUUAAUACUGAGUUACUAGGUUGGUAACAAAUCAUAAUAUAUAUUGUGUAUUAAUACUAAUAUAAAAUAUGAUGAUAUUUUGCUUGUUGAUGAAGCUUUGUUACAAUAAAGCAAUAAAGAAAUUCUAAUUCUG